ACUUAAACCAAAGAAAAACCAAGGAGAAAGGGAACAAAUUUGGUUUCAACAAUCAAAGCCAACUUGCUAUUUUAAUAAAACACCACAUCUGUAUAUCAUUACAGCAACCUUUUUCCUAAAAGGAGAGGGUUAAACAAAGAGAAAUUUGUCUCUUGGCAUGAAUUUCAUGUCGUGGAACUAAUUUGGUCCAUAUUCAACCUUCCCAUGCGUCCUAAACAUCGAGCUGAGUAGCAAAAUAUGGGGGAGCAUUCACAGGAAAAGAAAUUGGGUUGUGGGAUAUUGAAUGCUGUUUUUCGGAAGCGUAAUAAAAGGUCUGCUACGGUAGAUUCAUUGACAGUCAAAAACAACGAAGUUAUAAGCACAAGCUCGAAUACAAAGAAGGGGCCAAGUGGUUCCGAUGAGCCUUCCUUUCUUGACUCUUCGGUGAAUGGACCAGAAGCAAUUCCAAAACCAUGCACGAAACAGCCUCCAAAUCAUAUUAAGCCCGCUGCGGUAUAUCAACAAAACCAGCUCCCGAAACCUCUUGAAGAAGAAACCAAAAUAAAACAUAACCAAGCGUCUAUGAACCCAGGUAGAAAGCUGCCUAAAGAAAGUAUUAGUAUAUCCGGUGAGCUUGAAAGCAUGAUUGUGGAUCAUCAAAAAACAAAAGGAAACAACAACCUAAUACGAGCCUCGUCCAGCAACAUGAUGCUUCACGGUAGUUUAGGCAACUUGAGACAACCUGGUGGAGGAAGAGGAGGAGGAGGAAACAUGACUUCGUAUAACGUUCCCAAGACUGAAACAGAGCACUCGACGCCGAACGGGAAAUAUCCCAACGGUGUGAAAGGACAUGUGGUGAAGAAACAUGACGAGGAGAAGCGUGCAGAACGACAGCCAGCUUCUCUAUGCAGAGCUCUUUCUACGAGAAUGGACCCUGAAACAUUGAAGAUCAUGGGCAACGAAGAUUAUAAGAAUGGGAAUUUUGCGGAAGCAUUGGCUUUGUAUGAAGCAGCCAUCGCCAUUGAUCCAAACAAGGCUUCCUACCGAAGCAAUAAAAGUGCAGCCUUAACAGCUUUAGGCAGGAUUCUAGAGGCAGUUUUUGAGUGCAGAGAAGCCAUUCGAAUCGAACCUCAUUAUCACAGAGCUCACCAUCGUCUAGCAAACUUAAAUCUCAGGUUAGGAGAGGUGGAGAAGGCAAUAUAUCAUUACAACCAAGUAGGCCCUGAGGCUGACCCUAAUGACAUUACUAACGCUAAAACACUUCAGUCACAUUUAAACAAAUGUACCGAAGCUAAGAUACAACGAGACUGGAAAAACCUGAUAAAAGAAACAGAUUCAACCAUUAAUGGUGGUGCUGAUUCAGCUCCCCAGAUAUAUGCAUUGAAAGCCGAGGCCAUGCUAAAGCUUCACAGACACCAAGAGGCCGAUGAAGUUUUAUUGAAAGGUCCAAAUUUUAAUGUUGAUGACAGCACUAAAUACUUUGGCCCUAUUGCUAACGCGAAUUUGCUUGUUGUUCGAGCUCAGGUGGACAUCGCUGCCGGCAGAUUUGAGGAUUCCUUGGCGACGCUUCAGCGAGCUGCUAGGCUUGACUCUAAUAACAGAGAAGCAAACACUGUAAUGAGGAAAGCUAAAGCACUGGCAGAUGCUCGAUCAAAUGGCAAUGAGCAUUUCAAGGCCUCUAGGUUCUCAGAGGCAUGUGUUGCAUAUGGCGAGGGGCUUGAUCAUGACCCGCACAAUUCUGUCUUGUUGUGCAACCGAGCAGCUUGCCUCUCCAAGCUUGGCCGCUACGAUAACGCAGUAGAGGACUGCACCCGUGCCCUUAAUGUGCGUCCUGGUUACAGCAAAGCUAGACUAAGAAGAGCCGACUGUAAUUCCAAGUUGGGGAAAUGGGAAGCUUCAAUACAAGACUACGAGUUCUUGCAAAAAGAAACGCCUGACAACGAGGAGAUUCAACGGGGCUUGUCCGAGGCCCGGAUGCAACUCAAGAAACAACAUGUGUGAAGUUGUGGAAGACAAGAAAGAGUAUGUACGAAGGAGCUUUGACCAAGACGAAAGAUGAAUCCUAGACGAGGACAAACAAUAUGAAAGCUCACAGGCAGGGACAAAUUGAUUAAAAGACAGAGCAGCAAAGAAACAAAUUAAGAAGAGAAAGGGUCUCGUUUUAUAUAGGGUGCUGGCAGCAAAUGUGAAGUUAAGAGCUCGAAAAGGAUUAUGUAGGAUAAGAGAAGGGUUGCUUUGUUAUUGGAGGAAUUUUGGGGAGGGAAAAUUUGAUAGUGUUUGUAUAUUUUGUGAAGCUAAUUUAGCAUUCUAGUCUCAGACUUCCCUAGUUAGUCGCUCAAUCUUUAUAUUUUCCAAGAUAUAAUGGAAAUGGAGUUGAGCAUUGAACGGCAUUAUGUCGGCCAAUAAAUGUCAGAAUAUUUGAGUAGGGCAAGCCAUGUAGAUUCAAACAACAUCGUAAAAUUUUUUUCUCAUUCAACAAAUGCCGUUCCGUGCCCAUCCGUGCCCCCACAAAUAAUUUUUUUUGCCAUCUCAAGGCAUUAUUUUG